CGCGUCUUCUGGACUUCUUCACGGCUUCACCGCUGUGGCGCUUCACUUCGUAGCUUCCCGUUCUCGUCGCCGACACUGAGUUCGCGUAGCUGUUCCUCUUUCACUGCUGCUGCUUUGUUACUUUGAGCCAUUGAGGCCUAAAUUCGGAAGCCUCAAAUACCUAAAUAUGAAGAUUUCCUAGUGGUGGACCGAACUUAUGGGGAAGGCAAAGGGUAAGCAUCGUUUGGAUAAGUACUACCACUUAGCCAAAGAACAUGGCUACAGAUCCAGGGCUUCGUGGAAGCUUGUUCAGCUCAAUUCUAAGUUCCGCUUUCUCGAAUCUGCCCAAGCCGUUCUGGACCUCUGUGCGGCGCCAGGUGGCUGGAUGCAGGUUGCUGUCCAACGCGUUCCUGUUGAUCAUCUCGUUGUCGGUAUCGACUUGGCUCCGAUUGCACCCAUUCGAGGUGCAGUUGCUAUUCAGGAGGACAUAACGAAACCUGAGUGCAAGGCAAGGAUUAAGAAGUUGAUGAAUGAACGUGGCUGCCCGGCGUUUGAUGUAAUUUUGCAUGAUGGAUCGCCCAAUAUUGGUGGAGCAUGGGCUCAGGAGGCCAUGAGUCAAAACGCUUUGGUAAUUGACGCAGUCAAGUUGGCCACUCAGUUUUUGGCACCCAAGGGUACGUUUGUCACUAAGAUUUUCAGGUCACAAGAUUACAGUUCCAUCCUGUAUUGCUUGAAGCAGUUAUUUGAAAAGGUUGAGGUGGAUAAACCAGCGGCUAGUCGUUCUGAAUCUGCAGAAAUAUAUGUUCUUGGCCUUAAGUAUAGGGCCCCUGCGAAGAUUGACCCACGUCUUCUUGAUGUGAAGUAUUUGUUUCAGGGUUCUGUGGAGCCUCAGACAAAGGUGGUGGAUGUUCUUAGAACAACAAAGCAAAAGAGACAUCGUGGCGGCUAUGAAGAUGGAGACACAACUUUAAGGAAGGUUUCUUCAGCUGCAAAGUUUAUUUGGUCUGAUUCUCCUUUGGAGAUCCUUGGCACAGUCACUUCCAUAACCUUCAAUGAUCCAGCUGAUUUAAUAAUAAAGGAUCAUGACUUAACAACAGAGGAGGUAAAAGCUCUCUGUGAUGAUUUACGGGUUUUAGGGAAGCAAGACUUCAAGCAUCUGCUAAAGUGGCGGAUUCAUUUAAGAAAGGCUUUGUCACGCACUGAAAAGAGUGACACUCUUACAAGCUCAGAAGUAGAAGAUGGGAAUAAAGAGAAUGAUGGUAAUAAGGAGAAUGAAGAUGAUAAAAUACUCAAUGAAAUGGAGGAAUUAACUUAUGCAAUGGACCGCAAGAGUAAACAUGAAAAGAAGCGUCUUGCAAAAAGAAAAGCAAAGGAGAAGGCACGCCAAGCGACUGGGAUGCAUAUUGAUGCUUUAGAAGAUGGUUAUAUUGAUCAUGAGCUGUUUUCUCUUUCAUCUAUCAAGGGGAAGAAGGAUCUAGUAGCAUUAUCUACUACGGAAUAUGACGGUGAAGAUGAAUUAAAGGAUAGUGAUAAUGAAGAAACAAAUGAUGGUCAAGAGAAUUCAUCUAGUGACAUAGAGGAUUCUGAUGAAGAACAUAAAAGAUAUGACGAAAAAAUGGAGGAGUUAUUUGAUCAAGCCUAUGAGCGUAUUAUGGCUAAAAAGGAAGGUCCUGCAAAGCAGCGGAAGCGCUUGAAGAAAUCCUAUGAAGUGGGGAAUCAACUGUUGGAGGAUGGUGAGGCUGAUAAUAUUGUCCAGUCCAAGUAUGAUUCUGAUGAAGAGCAAGGAGAUGAAGCAAAUCCUCUGGUGGUUCCUCUUGAUGAAGGUUUAGAGCUCACCCAGGAGGAGAUAAUGGAGAAAUGGUUUAGUCAGGAUGUCUUUGCUGAGGCUGUAGAGGAAGGAGACCUUGGGAACGACGAAAGUGAAGUUGACAUGGAUAUAGAUGAGCAGGAGGAAAAGCCUUCCACUACAAAGAAGGCGAUAAAAAAUAGGACGAAAUCUAUUGCUGGAACAGAUAACCUAAAAUCUAGUGUAGAGGAGGAUUUUGAAAUAGUUCCUGCUCCUGCAACUGAUUCAAGUGAUGAUGACUCAUCCUCCGAUUCAUCGGACAAUGUUGAUGAUCUGCCCAUCGAGAAAAAAGCCGAGAUAUUAGCUUACGCGAAGAAGAUGGCGAGGAAAAAGCAACGGGAGCAGAUCCUAGAUGAUGCUUACAACAAGUACAUGUAUGAAGAUGAGGAGGGAUUGCCCAAAUGGUUUGUGGAAGAAGAAAGGCGCCAUCGGCAACCAAUGAAGCCAGUGACCAAAGAGGAAAUUGCGGCAAUGAAAGCACAAUUUAAGGAAAUCAAUGCCCGGCCUGCCAAAAAGGUUGCAGAGGCCAAGGCAAGAAAGAAGCGAGCUGCGAUGAAGAAGCUUGAGAAGGUACGGAAGAAGGCCAAUGCUAUAUCAGAGCAGGCAGAUAUAUCGGAUCGAUCCAAGAGGAAGCAAAUCGAACAUCUAUAUAAGAAAGCUGCGCCAAAGAAGCCUAAAAAGGAGUAUGUAGUUGCAAAGAAAGGUGUGCAGGUUAAGGCAGGGAAGGGGAAGGUUCUUGUUGAUCGAAGGAUGAAGAAGGAUCUUAGGAAGCGUGGAAUGGGUAAACCUGGAAAAGUGAUUUCCAAAAAGGCCAAAGGAUCUUCGAAGGCUUCCAACAAGGCUAGAAAGUGAAAUCAAGGAAUCUGAGUUGCCAAAUUUUGACUCCCGGACUGGACUCAUUUGACUUUCUUUUUGUUUUACCUGUUAGUCUUUUUUUUUUUUUACAAGUAGAUUAUAAUUUGUGUUUUUAUGCCAAUUACCAUAUUCUCAUUUUCAUUUAAUAUUUAAAGCGUAGUAAAAAUAGAAAUAUUCUUAAA